GAAGCCGUUUGUGUGCGAUCAAUGUGGAAAGAGUUUCUCAGACAAAGAAACCUUUAAUACUCACGCGAGUCAUCGCUGUGGAGAGAGACGUAAGUCCAAUCGAUCUGGAAAAACCUCCGGAGCAAAGAAAUCUACUCACACUGGAGCUUUCAUGUGUUGUCAGUGUAAAAAGAGUUUCAAAGUCAAAGGCACCUUUAAGAAGCACAUACAAACUCACUUUAAAGAUGGCUGCUUUACAUGUCAGCUGUGUGGAAAGCGAUGCAAAGAAUGGGGAUUAUUUGAGCAGCACAUGAGAGUUCACACCGGAGAAAAACCUUUCAGCUGCCAACAGUGUGAGAUGAGUUUCAAUCUAAAAGCGCACCUCCAAAGCCACACAAGAGUUCACACUGGAGAGAAACCAUUCACAUGCCAACAAUGUGGAAAAAGUUUCUCUCAAAUCCAUAACCUCAAGGCCCACAUAAGAGUUCACACCAGAGAAAAACCCUUUCCCUGUCAUGAGUGUGGAAAGGGUUUUUCUCACUCUCAGAACCUUAAAGUCCACAUGAGAACUCACACAGGAGAAAAGCGGUUCACCUGCCAGGAGUGUGGGAAGAGUUUCAGUCAACUAGGGAGCGUUCGAGUCCACAUGAACAUUCACACCGGAGAAAAACCUUUCGGAUGCCAAGAGUGCGGAACCAGUUUCAGAUCACAAACUAACCUCAAUGUCCACAUGAGAGUUCACACUGAAGCAAACAAGUUCACCUGCCAAGAGUGUGGAGCGAGUUUCAGUCAAAAAGGAGGCCUUACGAUCCACAUGAAAAUUCACACCGGAGAGAAAUCCAAAAAUAAGAAAGAUAAAUAAUCUUGUUUUUCCCUUUCGACAUAAGAUUAUUUUUCUUACCCUAUUGGCAGAUUAUUUUGCGUGUUUUAAAGAAAAACUCACUUCAUUUUGCCGAAUUAUUUCUGAAAACAAGACUAUGUUUUGCUUGUCUAGAAAAUUCUUCUUGAUAUAAGAGUUUCUAGACAUUUGGACUAGAAACUGAUUUCAAAACUCACCUAAAAGCUUUGAAUUCACUUUAAACUAUUUCAUUUUUGUCCACAGAAAGCCUUAGAUAUUGCUCCUCUCCAAAUAUUCACACUUGUGGCCUUGGCUACUUGAGUGGAACUACAUUCCCCACAAUCUCCUGCACUGAUUACACACUCACCUGUUCCCCAUUAUCUGGACUAUUAAAGCCACACUCAAGCUCA